UCAAAUACAAGAUAUGACUGUUACCAAAAUUUUCCUAGUAAUACUCCGUCUGGUCUUCCUACCACUUUCGCCAAUGAAUUUAACAGAAUAGACAUUUAUGCUCAUCCUGAUGACGUUGUUGCUUCCUGUACCAAAUACGUCUCACCUGAGACUAAUUUUCCAGGAAAACCGAAGCUAAGGAAGCUUUGA